AAAGUAUAGUAAAAUAAAUUACUAAAUUUGUAUAAAGUUAUAAACUUAUGUCAAUAGCCCCCCUUUUUUUCAUAAACAAGUACUAUGAGUAUGAGUGUCAUUUAACGAAUAUGUAUAUAGCCAGGAAAAAAUAUGCAGAUCGAUUAGAUUAUUAAAUCACAACAGCUGUAAUUUAUUUUGUUUAUCUUUGCUCAAAGAAGAAAAAAUAGUGAGUAGAUAUUAUCAUAUAACGUACAAGAACAUUGUAACUAUUUGGAGAAUUCUCUAAGAAACUUGAAGAUGAAUGAUGAAAGUGAUAGAGAUGAGAAAGAUAUGAGCCUCAGUAACUCUUAUGAACUCUCUUGGAAUAUCAUGAAACAUUCACCACAACUAUCAAUCAAGACACUUCCAGAACAGUCAUGGAAUUCUUUAGCAUUAGAAAACAGCUCUUCCACUGACAAAGUUAAUAUUGUGCAUAAGUUUCCUGAUAAUAAAAAUGUCAGUACAUUAACAGUUGCUGAACAACUGUGUCUAGACACAGGAGACAGUGAACAAAUGAGCCAAUCAGAGAAAUUACAUAUGCAUAGAAGAAAUGAAAUGAUGGAAAAAAAGUAUCAUAACUUUUCAGAUCAUGAGGAAGGAAGUAGUACAUCCAAAUGUAAUGAAAGUUUAAGAACAGACCCUUGUAUCUUUGGUUGUUCAAGUGCUAGUGGGAACUGUCUUUUAGAUGGAGUGAACACCUAUAGCAGUAAUGAAAGCCUUUCAAAUAAUCCUAAUGACAAAAUUGAUAAAAAUAUUUCUUAUGUCAAAGAUGAUGUUGACAAAUACAGCAGUGAUGACGACCUUUCUGAAAAUCCUGAUGAUAAAUGUCAUGAAAGUUCUUUACCUAUCACAAAUAAAAUCCGUACAGUUUUAACCCUACCAGCUUCAGAAAAGUUAGGAAGAGACAAGGUGGAGACUUUUGUUAAUCCUGAAAUCAAAGUUAAAAGAGAUGUUACAAGUUAUUCUAACCAUAAGAAACCAGACAGUGACACACACCUAGAACCUGCUCCAACCCUUACAGAAAUAAAAACUCCAGAUUCUGUGUGGUCACAGCUAUGGUGUAAUGUUUUAGGUCAGUCACAAAACUCUGUUCAUAAGGAAGGUGUUUCAGAGACCAUUUUGAAUGACAUAAAUCAGCACAAUAAACAGGGAGUGGAAGAGGUAGUGAGAGUAAUGAUGAAACUUAUUUCUGAACAUGUGGAUGACAAGGAAUUUUACUCUCUCAGUCCUGCCUGUGCUUUGUUGAAACUUCAGAACUGUCUUGAUAGAUACAAAGGUACUCUAAAGAACCUAUCUGAGAGAAAUGAUGAGCUAGGUAAAGAGCUGAAGGAAAUAAAAACAACUGGACAUGCAAAGUAUCAAAUUCUUGUUCAAGAGCACAAAGACAGGUUGGUCCGUAUCAUAAGUGAUCAGGAGAAACAGCUGACUGCUGCAGUGGAACGAGCGGUCAAUGCAAGGAAGCAGGCUUCAAGUUUACAGACACAACUGUACUUUGCACAGAGGAAGAUACAAGAUUUAGAGACAUCAACAGAACGAUUUCUGGCACUGAAAACAACAGAAACGAAAGGUAGAAUGAGCAAACUGCAGGAAAGUAAACAACAUAUGGAAACAAUGUUACAAAAACUGACAGACAAGUUGUUAGAAAAAGACAAGGAGAUUGCCAACCUUCAGACUACCAACUUUAGUCUGUCAUCAAAAAGAGAGUUUGAUUCUUUUGUCGAAAAGAGUUACAUGGAACAGUUAGAAGAAAUGUUAGCAGACAAAAAAGCUGAGGUUGCAGCUAUAAAAAGAACUCUUCAGGAGGAGCAUCAACGAAACCAGUAUUUAUGGAAACAAACCAAGUAUCAGGAGCAAGACAUAGCAACUUUAAAGUCUCGCUUAGAAGCCUGUCAAAGAGAACUACUAUAUAGGGAUCGUCUACUAGUCAUACUUAAGAGAGAGUUUCUAGAUACCUGCUCCGGUGCUGUAGCAGAGUUUUUCCAGAAUCAUCUGAAAGAACUGCAUCAACCCAAGCUUUCUGGAGCUGCUCUGUCAUAUCAAGUAUUGAAUGAAGAGUCAGGAGAUACUCUUCUGUUUUCUUGUAAUCCUGAAGAUAUUGAAUCUACCCAAAGAAGCACAAGAAAACAGAAAAUUGAAAAAAAAACUCAGACUUCUGAACCUGAAAGACAAGGAAAAUUGGAGAUUAAUUCUUACCCUAGUCAGGAUUUUGACUGUGAGGAGAUUAUGAAGAAAACAAACUCAGUUUCUUCAAUUUCAGAAAGUGAGAAUGACGAAAAGACAUCGGAAACAUGUUCAGUAAAUCAGUCUGUGCCUGUUAGAUUUGGAAAUAAUCAACACUCUGCUAUUAAGCAUUUAUGCAGUGUAACAGCAAAUGAAAGUGAUCCAAGUUUUAAAAAUCAUUCAGAAAGUGGUUCUCAUCUUAUCUACGGUAAUAGUAAAUGUUUUGACUUCUUUGAAAAAAAUAACAGGUUAGUAGGUAAUUUAGGUAAAAAGAAUGCUGUUUCUGUAGAAUUUGAUGAUACAAGCUUUCCAUCCAAUAGCUUUGGUUUAUCUGCUGAAACAGGUUUUAUCACAAACAGUUUGGCACAUCGUGAUGGAACUGAACAAAAAAUCCAUGAUUCGUUAUCACCACAGUUGUCCCCAAUACAAUCAUAUAGUAAUAAGUCUAAAAACAAAACAUUGGGUGUUUGUGACAAAAUCCAUGAUCCAUUAUUACCACAGUUAUCACUGGUGGAGUCUUCUAGUAAUAAGACUGACAAGAAAACAGUUGGUGUUUGUGACAAAAUCCAUGAUCCAUUAUUACCACAGUUAUCACUGGUGGAGUCUUCUAGUAAUAAGACUGACAAGAAAACAGUUGGUGUUUGUGAAAAUAUCCAUGAUCCAUUAUUACCACAGUUAUCCCCGAUAGAGUUGUCUCGUAGACAAACUGAAAACACAUUUGAAGAUGUUCAUGAUAAUAUCAAGGAUUCAACAAUGUAUCAUUCUUGUAGCCAGUUAGAAACAACUAGUUUUUUGAGUGAUGAAAGUGCAGCUAUGGAAAAUGUUUCUGAUAAAAUCCGUCAUUCAUCAUCAUCACCACCUUUAUCACCAGGUCAUCUCGUUGAAGAAAUGAGUCAAAGUAUUAAAAACCCUGGCUAUCCUUGUGAUAUUAGUCAAGCAUCAUCCUUAGUCUUUUCACCAGGAAAUGAUAAUAGAUCUUCCUCUGGUAGCCAAACAGAAAACAAUAACAAGACAACUGCUAGCUAUUGCUAUGGUAAACAAACUCAGUCAUUCCUCACAGAUGGACAAAGUGAAUCAUGUCCAUGUUCGUAUGGCCUACUACACAGAGUCCACCAAUAUCCAGAUCAUUCCUUAGAUGUGCAACCUUCAGGAAGUGCUACAAAUGAUGCAGAAACAAAACUUAAUUUUGGAUCAGAGUCUCUCACUACCAUUUCAUGGAAAACUACUAGACCUUUAAAAAAAUCUGCUAGUCUUUCUAACUUGAGAGCAUCCACUAGUCAGUCGUUAAAUAAAGGCAGCAUGGAUCAACCUGACAGUCCUGUUCAGCCAUUAGAUAAAGACAGCAUGGACCAACCUGACAGUCCUGUUCAGCCAUUAGAUAAAGACAGCAUGGGCCAGCCUGUUAGUCCUGUUCAGCUAAAUGUAAAGGUGGACUCUCAGGGUGAAACAUUUGUGGAACACUCAAGGUUUGAUAAUCUGCCAUCUAUUGAAUGUAACAUUUCUAUAGGUUUUGGUGCACAGAACAAAUGCCAUAGAAAGUAACCUAAAAAUUAUUUGAUAUGUUGCCAGUUUAUUUUAAUCUGCUGUAUUUUUGGCAUUAACAUCAAAUUUUAUAUUUCAUUUAUAUUUUAUCAUAAAAUCAUUUGUUUCUUUAACUUUUUUUUGUGGUCAUUUGAGAUCUUAGUUUAAUUUACUAACAUGCAAAUUAGAGGUCUCAUGGAUAUAAUAGAUUCUGGUAAUGAAUAAAAUACAGCCACUUUAGUCUGUCAGGUUUCACAUCUUACAUACAGUGUUCCUAUUAUUGGAUAUUAUACAUGCUUAAUGAUUCUGUUCUUGCCUCAGGCUUGUGUAUUACUUAUGGUAUGUGGAUCAGCUGCUUGUAGACUGUCAAAACCUUUUUUUUUCCAAGUGUAGGCCUUGAGCAGUAAUACUGAUUUAACUGAAAUACUGUUUUAUAUCUUUUAUCGACAUUUCAGCUAUUAAUCAGAAUUUCUUGCUAGCAGAGAAAUCUUUAUUUGGCAGAGCCCAAAUAUGGUAGAAUAUUUGUAGGAACUGAAAUCAGAAAUUAUGCAAUGCCCAGAUGACACACAAAAAUUUAAAUUCAUAAGAAAGGGAGUAGUUAUCAGGUACUACCCUAAUUAGAGAGAUGAGUGAGAGAUUGAUUGUUAGGUAUUGACUAAUUAGAGAGAGAGACUUGUUUGGUGGUAAAUACCUUAAUCAGAGAGACUGCCUAUCAGAUAGUACCCUAGUUAGAGAGAAACUUGUUGUUUGAUGGUAAAUACCCUAAUUAGAGAGAAACUGGUUGUCAGAUAGUACCAUAAUUAGAUAAAAGUUUGUUGUCAGGUGUCACCUGAAUUACAGAUAGACUGGUUGUCAGAUAUUACCCUAAUUAAAUACAGCUUGGUUAUCAGGUCUUAUCUAAAUUAGAGACUGAUAUUAAUUUGAUAACAGAGAAAGUGAUUAUCAGGUCUUAUCCUGAUGAGAUACUGGUUAUCAAGCCUUGCAUCUGAUAAGAGAGAGGGACUGGUUAUCUGGCCUUAUUCUGAUAAUAGAGGAACUAGUUGUCAGGUAUUAUCUUAAGUAGAGAGAGACAGGCCAUAAACUGAUAAGAGAGGGCUGGUUGUAAGGUGUUAUUCUGGUGAAAGAGGAACUAUUUAUCAGGUCUUAUUCUCUAGUAAGAGAGAAACUGAUUGUCAAGUUUUUUCCCAAUUAAAGAGAGAGUGGUCAUAUUGGGUUUUAUUCUGAGGAUGGAUAGUCUGGUUAUCAGAUCUUGCCUGUAAAAUAAAAACUGGUUACUUGGUCUUAUCUUAUCUUCCAAUUUUUAACUUAUUGAAAGUAGUUGUUGGGUUUUAUUCAUGAGGAUGGUUAUCAGGUAUUAUUAUUAUGUAAGAGUGAAACUGGUUACUACUAGGUCUUAUGUUAAUAAGAAAAAGACUGAAAUCCAGGUUUUACCUUAUUGAAAGUGUAACAGGUACCUUUUUAAUUGUUGGAUUCAACUUACACAUGCUAAAAAUAUAUUUAUUUAAUACCAGGAAUUAUUGUACAGUUGUGGAAAUGCUCACAAGCCACCAACUCAAGGAAGUUUACAUAAAGAAUGAAGAGAGCACCUCAGAGAUUAGGUAAUACAGAAAUAUAUAUUAAACAAUUCAGAACUAUACAUCAAAUUCAUUCAACUCAACAUUCAAGUAUUGUUUUAACUCUUUCAGCAUGGGCUCAGUCCUUGUGACCAACCUCGUAACUAUUUUGUGCUUGUUAUAGUUU